GUUGCAUUUUCCUUCGGCAUCAACAUUCGAUAGUUUCAAGAUGUCGAUUUAUCCGCAAGAACCAUCCGUUCAGCUCACUUCGAUGCCGCAAUUGGCUGAGGCGAUAAGCAUAGAAGAUAACUGGACUGGAACAACAGAUGCCGCAGCAAGAAGACGAGCUCAGACUAGGCUAAACAUGAGAGCAUACCGGAAGAGAAAGGCUCAAGAAAAGAAGGCCAAGGCGUCAAAGACUGAAGCCGAGACAAUCAUAUCUGAACCAGUGGUUGAAUGCUGGGAUAUCAACCAAGAAUCGAUGUCUAUUGUCCCAGCAUCCCAUGUCAAGAACAUAUACAACGCCAGACAGCCUCUGUUAGCAUACAGAACCAAGAAGAAUCAGUCAAAUGUCGCCUUUCCCCUCAGUUCAGAUCAUCUAAUUACACUCCUCCAAUACAACGCCCUCCGCGCCUUGGCUGUCAACAGGACUUUCAUCUCCGGCAUUCUAACCACACCUCUUGACUGCGGCGAUGAAGACACUAUCCACGUAGUCCCCUACCCCACCAACCCAGAUUCGCUCCCUUCAGCACUUCUCCCCACAGUUCUUCAACAAACAGUUAUGCACUGUGACUGGAUUGAUAUGUUUCCCUCCCCAGAGGCACGGGACUGUUUGAUUCGAGCUUAUGGGACUUUUGAUGAAGAUGAUUUAUGGGCUGAUUGCAUUGGUGGUUUGUAUGAGGGGUUCCCGGACGAUGAGAUGGAAAGACGUGGUUUGAUUGCUUGGUCACCGCCGUGGGAUGUAUCAGGAUGGGAAAUGUCGGAGGGAUUCGUUACGAAAUGGGGUUGGUUGUUCAAAGACCUUUCUGGGCCGUUGGAAGCGACGAAUCGGUGGAGGGUUGAGAGAGGUGAGGAGCCUCUCGACCAUAAAGAUUAUCCGCCAUGUCCUCCUGUGUCUGGUUUUGUCAUAUCAGAAGUUUAGUCGUAAUAUGGAUCCUGAUAUCGAAACUAGUCUAGAUGAGAUAAGAAACCUCAACACUUUUAUCCUAAAUAAUAGAAAGACGUAUUUUACAUAAAUUCGAG